CAUAAAAUGUUAUAUUUUUCCCAACUCAGGUCUUUACCGUGGAUUUUCCUGCUUGUUGUGAUUUGUCUGGACGUUGAACCCCGGCCCAUUGCCAAAAACUACUCCCAAAGUGAGAGCAAUAUCAGGAAUGUUAUCAUACCGGAAGAUCAAUUUGUGACCAAGGAAACGAUACCUGGAUACUUUGUAUUCAAACUGCCCGAUGGAGGACACUUACGGGUUAUAUAUCAUGUGGAUGAGUACGGAUUCUAUACGGAAACCCUGCCUUGAGAUGGGAAAAAGAUUGUUUUAUUGAGAGCCUACUGUCUAUGCAGUGCGAACUGCAUCUAUAAAUGGAAACAAGUUGUCUCAUAUUUCAACGAGUCCAAUUUGUAUUUUAGGUUUUAAAAAUAAAUGGAUCGAUAUGCAAAUAGCGAUUAAAAAGUUGUUGGUAAACCGUUAGAAAAAACUGCUGUAUAACGUCCCGUGAUUUUGCGAAUGCAUCUAUAAUA